AUGGCAGCGACAUAUGAUGUCGGCACCAAGGCCUGGCAGCCCGAUGUCACCGAAGGCUGGGUUGCCUCCGAGGUUGAGCAGAAGAAUGUCGACGGAGACAAGGUCACGCUGGUCUUCCAGCUGGCCAAUGGAGAGACGACGCUGGCCGCCAUCGCCGACGGCAAGGACCCAAAACUGCCGCCGCUGAUGAACCCGACAAUGUUGGAGGCCUCUGACGACUUGACCAAUCUUUCGCAUUUGAACGAGCCCGCAGUGUUACAAGCCAUCAAACUACGAUAUGCACAGAAAGAAAUCUACACAUACUCGGGUAUCGUCCUUAUUGCUACCAACCCCUUUGCCCGUGUCGACUCGCUCUAUGUCCCGGGAAUGGUUCAGAUUUACGCCGGCAAGCAGCGCCAGACACAAGCGCCGCAUUUGUUUGCUAUAGCAGAGGAGGCUUUCGCAGAUGGCCGCAAUCAGACCAUCGUCGUUUCGGGAGAGUCCGGUGCUGGAAAGACCGUCUCGGCCAAGUACAUUAUGCGCUACUUUGCGACCAGAGAAUCACCCGACCAGCCUGGCUCGCGCUCAAAGGGCCGCGUCGAGAGCAUGAGUGAGACCGAAGAGCAAAUCCUGGCCACCAACCCCAUCAUGGAGGCCUUCGGUAACGCAAAGACAACGCGCAACGACAACUCGUCCCGUUUCGGAAAGUACAUCGAGAUCAUGUUUGACAAGAAGACGGACAUUAUUGGUGCGAGGAUCAGAGUAUACCUGCUCGAGCGCUCGAGACUGGUCUUCCAACCCCUCAAGGAGAGAAAUUACCACAUCUUCUAUCAGCUCGUGGCUGGUGCUUCGGACGCCGAAAGGGAAGAGCUUGGCUUGAUACCCGUCGAAGAGUUCGACUACCUCAACCAGGGCAAUGCUGCUCAGAUUGACGGUUUGGACGACGCCAAGGAAUUCAGCGACACCAAGGAGGCCCUGACUAGAAUCGGCGUUUCCAUAGAACAGCAGACUUCGAUCUGGAGAAUCCUCGCCGCUCUGUUGCACAUCGGAAACAUCAAAAUCAUAGCCACUCGCACCGACUCGAACCUCUCCGCCUCCGACGCUUCGGUCGUCAAGGCUUGCGAGCUCCUUGGAAUCGAUGCCGAGAGUUUUGCCAAAUGGACUGUCAAGAAGCAGCUUGUCACUAGAGGUGAGAAGAUCACAUCAAACCUAACCCAGCAGCAAGCCACCGUCGUUCGUGACUCGGUCGCCAAGUACAUCUACUCUAGCUUGUUCGACUGGCUCGUCGAGAUCCUCAACAGCAGUCUGGCCACUCCCGAAGUCCUUCAAAACGUUACCUCCUUUAUUGGUGUCUUGGAUAUCUACGGUUUCGAGCACUUCGCCAAGAACUCGUUCGAACAGUUCUGUAUCAACUAUGCCAACGAGAAGCUACAGCAAGAGUUCAACCAGCACGUCUUCAAGCUCGAACAAGAAGAAUAUCUCCGUGAAGAGAUUGACUGGAAGUUUAUUGAUUUCUCCGACAAUCAGCCUUGUAUCGACUUGAUCGAAGGCAAGCUUGGUGUUCUUGCUCUGCUGGAUGAGGAAUCUAGACUGCCCAUGGGUUCCGACGAGUCUUUCGUUACUAAGCUCCACACCAGUUUCGGCGACAGCAAGUCGAAGUUCUUCAAGAAGCCCCGCUUCGGAAAGUCGGCCUUCACCGUCUGCCAUUAUGCUGUCGAUGUCGCAUACGAGUCUGACGGCUUCAUUGAGAAAAACAGAGAUACUGUGCCUGACGAGCACAUGGAGGUUCUCAGGGCCUCAUCCAACUCCUUCCUUGCCGAGGUCCUCGAGGCUGCUUCUGCUGUGCGUGAGCGUGACACUGCAGCUGCUCAAGCCAAACCUUCUGCUGUUUCAGCUCCUGGCAAGAGACCCGGUGCUGCCACAGCAAGAAAGCCUACCCUCGGUGGUAUCUUCAAAUCGUCUUUGAUCGAACUGAUGAGCACCAUCAACUCUACAGAUGUGCACUACAUUCGCUGUAUCAAGCCCAACGAAGCCAAGGAAGCCUGGAAGUUCGAAGGGCCCAUGGUCCUGAGUCAACUGCGUGCUUGUGGUGUUCUCGAGACGGUCAGAAUCAGUUGUGCUGGAUAUCCUACCAGAUGGACCUACGAAGAGUUCGCCCUACGAUACUACAUGCUUGUACCAUCAACGCUAUGGACUUCCGAGCUCAGAGGCAUGGCCAAUGCUAUCCUUACUCAGGCACUUGGCGGAUCUGGCAAUGAUGCUACAAGCAAGUACCAGCUUGGUCUGACCAAAAUUUUCUUCCGUGCUGGCAUGCUCGCCUUCCUCGAGAACCUGAGAACCAGCCGUCUCAAUGAUGCUGCUAUCAUGAUUCAGAAGAAUCUCCGUGCCAAAUACUACCGUCGUCGCUAUCUCGAGGCAAUUGGUGCUGUCCGUGGGUUUCAGUCUCUCGUGCGUGGAUGCGCCGCACGACGCAAUGCAGACGAUGCGCGGCGAACGAAAGCCGCCACCACAAUCCAACGGGUGUGGAGAGGCCAAAAGGAACGGAAGAACUUCGUAUCUAUCCGCAACAAUCUCAUCCAGUUCGAAGCGGCGACCAAGGGAUAUCUCUGCCGCAAGAACAUUCUGGACACGAGACUAGGCAAUGCUGCACGUACCAUCCAGAGAGCCUGGAGAUCUGGUCAGCAGCGUAAGGAAUGGACCGACUACAGACGCAAGGUUACCAUCGUACAAGGUUUGUGGCGAGGCAAGCAGGCUCGCAAGGCUUACAAGGGUCUGCGCGAGGAGGCUAGAGACCUCAAGCAAAUCUCAUACAAGCUUGAGAACAAGGUCGUCGAGCUUACUCAGUCGCUUGGCGCUGUCAGAACCGAGAACAAAGCUCUCAAGCAUCAAGUCCAGAAUUAUGAGAACCAGCUCAACACCUGGAAGAAUCGUACCCAGGGUCUGGAACAAAGGGCAAAGGAGCUCCAGGCAGAAGCUAACCAGGCUGGCAUGAGCGCUGCCAAGGUUGGUCAGCUCGAAGAGGAGAUGGCCAAGCUACAGCACAGCUACGAGGAGUCUUCAACCAGCAUGCGCAGACUGCAAGAAGAAGAAAAGACAUUACGCGAUUCACUCCGCAUGACCACAGAAGAGUUGGAAAACUCGAGGCAGAGUAUCACAGUCUCCGAGACCGAGAAGAUGUCACUGAGGCAGCAGUUGGCAGAGCUUCAAGACCAGCUGGAGCACGCCAAGCGUGCUGCUCCCGUCAAUGGUGAGAUGACCAAUGGCGCUGCUGGCCAGAUCAGCGGUCUUAUCAAUCUUGUGUCAUCAUCCUCGAAGAAGCCCAAACGUCGCAGUGCUGGCUUCGAGCCUACCAACACCGACAGAUUCAUCUCGAUGGCGUUCGGUGCUACCGCUGGCCACCAGCCGACUCUUUCCGGUGGAUCUACCUUCAGGCCCGACUUGGAGAAUGUUGAAAUGGAGCUUGAGAACUUGCUUGCGAACGAGGAUGCUCUGAACGAUGAGGUCUCUAUGGGCCUUAUCAAGAACCUCAAGAUCCCUUCUCCCGGAUCGACCCCACCACCCACCGACAAAGAGGUACUAUUCCCUGCAUAUCUUAUCAACCUCGUCACUUCCGAGAUGUGGAACAACGGCUUUGUCAAGGAGUCUGAGCGCUUCCUUGCCAACGUCAUGCAGUCCAUUCAGCAGGAAGUCAUGCAGCACGAUGGCGACGAAGCAGUCAACCCUGGUGCUUUCUGGCUCUCGAACGUUCACGAGAUGCUCUCAUUCGUCUUCCUUGCUGAAGACUGGUACGAGGCACAAAAGACCGACAACUUUGAAUAUGACCGUCUUCUCGAGAUUGUUAAGCACGACUUGGAGAGUCUUGAAUUUAACAUUUAUCACACUUGGAUGAAGGUCUUGAAGAAGAAGUUGCACAAGAUGAUCGUUCCUGCCAUCAUUGAGUCGCAAUCACUCCCCGGCUUUGUCACCAAUGAGAGCAACCGCUUCCUUGGCAAGCUCCUACAAUCCAACAACGCACCUGCUUUCAGCAUGGACAACCUACUUUCCCUCCUCAACAACGUUUUCAAGGCUAUGAAGGCAUUCUACCUUGAAGACUCCAUCAUCACCCAAACCAUCACCGAACUUCUUCGCCUUGUCGGUGUCACUGCAUUCAACGAUCUUCUCAUGCGUCGCAACUUCCUUUCAUGGAAGCGUGGUCUGCAGAUCAACUACAACAUUACCAGAAUUGAGGAAUGGUGCAAGAGCCACGAUAUGCCCGAGGGUACUCUCCAGCUUGAGCAUCUCAUGCAAGCCACCAAGCUUUUGCAGCUCAAGAAGGCGACACUCAACGACAUUGAGAUUAUCCAGGAUAUCUGCUGGAUGCUCUCGCCCAACCAAAUUCAAAAGCUUCUCAACCAGUACCUCGUCGCUGAUUACGAGCAACCAAUCAACGGCGAGAUUAUGAAAGCCGUCGCCUCUCGCGUCACUGAUCCCAAGACCGACGUCCUUCUCCUUCCCGCCGUCGACAUGGAUGACAGCGGUCCCUAUGAAAUCGCGGAACCCCGUGUCAUCACAGCACUUGAGACCUACACACCAUCAUGGCUGCAGACACCGCGACUUAAGCGCCUAGCAGAGAUUGUAUCCGCUCAAGCAGUCAUGCAACAACAGCUUGAUGCUGGUGGUGCCAUGGCCAAGGAAGCAUAUGAGGGAGGUGAAGAUGGUGAGGGAGGUGACAUGGGUGACUGGAGUCAAUUGAAUGGACAGAACGGACUUCAUCAACAUCAUAGCAACGAGCAAGAAGCUGGGAUCUAG